CGUUUGACUCACAUAGCAAAAAAGUAUGUCGUCAAAUCAUCUUCAUUCGCAAAGCCCAGAUGCUGCACUGAUCGCCCGGAUGCAUCAGAUGCGCCUCGAAGGUGACGGUGGAAAGCUUGGCUCGCUUCCGCGACCCCAUCCCGGGAGCCAAGGUCCAUUGUUCGACAGUGGCAAUGCUUAUGCCACUAUCGGGCCGGCGCCAGUCAGUUUGAGUGGUGGAAGUGGGCCAUCAGCGUCGGUGGCUACGACGAUCAACAUGAACGAUUACCGAAUGUACGACCGGUACCAGAACCAAAUGCAGGCUGCUGCAGCAGCAGCGGCAUCGGCCACGGCAACUAAAUUCUCCGGAGGUGGCCCCACCAUGCAGCAACAAAGCGGCAGCAGUGCGCAUGCUGGUGCUACAGGAUCGACAGUCGUCGGUGGUGGUAUCAGCGGUGGCAGCAGUUAUCAGUACAGGGUCAACAACAGCCCCACCCAUUCGCUGAGCAACUCAUCCCAUCAUUCCGGAGGCGCCAACAGCCCGCGGGCGAGUGUGCACAGUGGAAGUAAUGCUUCGAUUGGUUCGACGCAGCAACACCAUUAUUACGAUUCGCGCUAUCACCAGACCGUUUACGAAAACGUCGACUACUAUCCAGCAUCGCAGCAGCAGCAGCAGCAGCAGCAACAACAACAACAACAACAAGUAGGCGAUGGCCUUCUCUACGACCAGCGGAAGUUUGAAUCGCAUAACAUAAAGGCGCAACCGCAGGUUCCGGCGGGGCAGGUUCAGGCGACACCUCUGGUCAACGGCAUGAUAAACAUGGCCGGGCGGUACGCACACACCCCUCCCGAGCUACAGGAACAACCACCGAUCUACGAAAACCUUCAAUCGCCACCGUCUGCUGGUCAGCAAGCGCAACCUCAGGCCACGAAAGGUUCUACGCAAGUGUACUACCAUCAACGGACCGACGGGAGCCCCAGUCCAGGAGGAACGCAGCACCAGACAGCGUAUCAUCAGGCCCAGCAUCAGCACCUCCAUCAUCAGCAGCAACUGUCCAGCGGAUCGGAUCUGUAUCAACAGCCCAUCUACGAGACGACUACCGCCAACGUGAACGCGUUUCGAGCAACUGCCACCAUGUAUCAUCCACAGCAACAGCAGCCUCCACAGGCGUACCAUUCGCCGACGAACAGCAGCAUAUCGGUGAAAAUUGCUCAACAACCACAGCCGGUGCUGCUGCCCAACGUCAAGUAUCACGCGACGGGUGUACCUGCUUCGGCCGCUCUGCCCUAUGAUUUCCACCAGAAGUCCUCGAGGCACACUAGCAGCGCCGCAGCAGGGCCUAUACUGCCACCGAAAUCUUCGGAAGCACUGAAAACACAGCAGAAAAAUAAUGGAUCACCGUCACGCACGGCUUCCGCUGCCGGGGCGAAUUCAAACAAAAGCUUCGUUGAGGAUAUUAACGGUUCGGAUUACGUUUGCAUGACGAGUGGAACGAAAUACAGUAGCAUCACGGGCGGAGGACCCGGAACCGUGCCGCAACUGCAAAAAUCUAGCCCCCCUUUGGUGAUGUCACCGACUGCCGGUGGAACGACAACGGCUGCCAUGCCAGUGCAGGUUGGCCAGGAACGCCAGUACGCAACACUGCAAGAACUUGAGACGGCCAGACGUCAGCACCAAGCCACGGCAGCUGCUCCUCUUGGCCAGAAAUCCACUGCCAACGGGUCGCCAGCGUCUGGGGCGAGCCAAUUGAUGGCCGGGAACAGUACGGGCAUUGCAAUGGGCUUGAGGGGAGCCGUGUCGCCCACUCCGUCGCAGCUGAGUAGUGGCUCCGGUUCCGGAAAGCCGAAAGGACUUACGAAAAAUCUGCUUCCCUACAACGUGACACCUCCGCGGCCGACUGGACCGACCGAAGCGGAGCGCAAAAUCGAAGAAAUGACUCGCCAGCUGGAGGAAGAAAUGGAGAAGAAUGAAGAGCAGGGUGAAUACUUUGGCAUCUGCCACACGUGCAAGGAAAAGGUGACGGGCGCGGGUGCGGCCUGCCAAGCGAUGGGAAACCUCUACCAUACCAACUGCUUCAUCUGCUGCUCGUGCGGCCGAGCUCUGCGCGGUAAAGCGUUCUACAAUGUGCACGGUCGAGUGUACUGCGAAGAAGAUUACAUGUACUCUGGCUUCCAGCAGACAGCGGAAAAGUGUGCAAUCUGUGGACAUUUAAUUAUGGAAAUGAUCUUGCAAGCGAUGGGAAAAUCGUACCAUCCGGGUUGUUUCCGGUGCUGCGUCUGCAACGAGUGUCUCGAUGGUGUCCCGUUCACGGUGGACGUCGACAAUAAGAUCUACUGCGUAAACGACUAUCACAGCAUGUUCGCUCCCAAGUGUGCCAGCUGUGGCAAGGGUAUUACACCGGUAGAGGGGACCGAGGAAACUGUGCGUGUCGUUGCGAUGGACAAGGACUUCCACGUCGAUUGUUACAUCUGCGAGGAGUGCGGCAUGCAGUUGACCGACGAGCCGGACAAACGAUGCUACCCGUACGAAGGUCGACUAAUGUGCCGUUCCUGCCACAUACAGAAAAUAUCGCUGCAGGAUAUGCGCGGCCGGAUUGUCGAACCAGUUUCGGCCACCUAUCAGUAUAUGGGCUAAGCGGAAGGUAAAAGAAACGUAAGAUAUACUGCAUAAUACUUGUUUUGGGUUUGCUAACACGGUAUGCGCCCGUUUUUGUCGCCAUUCUUUACAAAAAGAUCCGACGCCAAAGGUGGGCGAUUGAGAAAACAUCGCUUGUCAGGAAUUUUGGCAGCUUGAUAUUACUACUGCUGCGCCAAUCUACUGCAAUCGGUCGAACUUGCGUUCUUCGUCCAAUGGCGAUAGUCAUGCAUCAUGGUUCUAUUUUCGUGAAGCUGACCUUUAGAAGUAGCGUAUAGUAAGCUCGGCACCAAAACGUAAGGGUUUUUGUCGAGCACUGAAGAUGGCCCCGUAAAACUAUCAGCUAGCAAUUCAGUGGAACCGGAAAGUUUCGGUAUGCAUUUACGUGGAUCAACCCGGAUGUGGUGGAAUCAUUUUGAAGAGGCCAAGCGGUUGUCGUUGUCGAUAACUUACAAGAACACUCCCGACGGGUUCGGGUGUCACUAACAUUCCGCUAGAUGUUAACGAUAUGCUUGUGUAUUAUGAUUAAGAUUAUUAACCACGAUCGAAUUAGGCUCGGCAAACUUCAAGCGCCCGAGUUGUGACUGGAGUGUCAUGUACAAUAAGUACAUCUGAGCGAACUCGGAAACAGGGGGAAGUGUUGCAAUAUAGUUGCAUUUGCUUUUUAGGUUGGCUACAACAGUUACGUCGUUGCGAUAACAAUA